AUGCAGAAGCGUCGGCGAGUGACUCGAGCUUGCGACGAGUGCAGAAGAAAGAAGAUCAAGUGCGACGGCAAGCAGCCUUGCACGCAUUGUACAGUCUAUAGCUAUGAAUGUACCUACGAUCAGCCGUCUAAUCGCCGUCGCAACCCCGCGCCCCAGUACAUCGAGGGUCUGGAGCAUCGAGUCCACCGCGCCGAGACGUUGCUGCGAAUGCUCAUGCCAGACCUCAACUUGAAUGACCCUAGCAUCGAUGUCGCUGUGGCACAAGGAUACAUACCCGGCUUCUCCAACAAGCCCGUCACCAAUGGCAGUCCAGCCACGAAGCCCGCGACUCUUCCACCUACCACUCUUACAUCUGCUCCAAGUGCAGAAGCAAAAGAUACUAACCUAGAAUCAAUGGUUCGUGCUAUUGGACAGUUAGAACUCGACGAACAAGGAAACUGGGAUUACCAUGGUCAUUCUUCUGGUCUUAGUUUCGUGCGGCGAAUGCGGGAGCAGCUGGGAGAUCUACUAGGACCCGACGCCAAGACUACUCCAUUCGUUAAAUCGAGACCAAUGUCACAGGUAUUCGAUUCUCCAAGAUCGUUGAAUCCGGAUUCGCCUGGCAUGGGCAUGGAGGGCGCAGUUCCUGGCACAGACCUUCCAUCCAGAGCCGUCGCUCGAGAUCUUUGUGAGACUGCCAUCAACGAUGCUUCUGUUCUCAUGAGAGCUAUUCAUGUUCCGACUUUCUGGGCAUCCUUCGAGCGCAUGUACAACACACCAUACGAAAACUACACCAACCAGGACCACAAGUUUCUUCCACUACUGUACAGUGCCAUGUCAGUAGGCUGUUUGUUUGGUAGUGAUGAACAGAGUCCUUUGAACCAGGCUGGUUACGAAAGUGCAAUCGACCAAGGUUUCAAAUACUUCAGAACAGCACGUCAAUUGCUCGAUAUAGCAGACUGCCGAGACUUGACUUCGAUUCAAGCAGUUCUCUACAUGAUUUCAUUCUUACAGUGCUCCGCCAAACUAUCUCAGUGCUAUGCAUAUGUAGGCGUGGCGCUGCGCUCAGCUCUUCGCAUGGGACUGCACAGAUCCAACCCAUCGUUCAGUCGCACGUUUAAUCCUAUCGAGGCUGAAACCAGAAAACGCGUCUUCUGGACCAUUCGCAAGAUGGAUAUUUAUGUCGGCGCAAUGCUGGGCUUGCCACAGACAUUGAGCGAAGAGGAUAUUGACCAGGAAUACCCCCUCGAGAUUGACGACGAGUAUAUCACCGAGGAAGGUAUACUCCCCAUGCCAGAAGGAACCACGCCACUCACUACAGUCUUCAAUGCGCACAGCCGACUAGUGGAACUCUUGAUCAAGAUUGUCAGAAACGUGUAUCCUAUUAGGGCGAAGAACGUGCAGAGCAACACUGACCGCUCCUACACUGUGCCGUUUUCGGUCAUUCGUGACAUUGAGAACGAUCUCGAAACUUGGAAGAGUAAUUUGCCUGCUGGGCUGGACCCAUGCAAUAACUCGAACCCCAAACUCACACGGGCGCAACAACUCCUUCGUAUCGCAUACGCUCAUGCUCAAGCGAUGCUUUACAGACCUUUCCUGCAUUUCGUUGCGACCGACAAGCGAUCACAUAACAUUGACCAACGUGCCUACACAUGCGCAGCUUCGUACGUAAACCUUUCAAGAAACCAUAUCCAUCUGUGCGUACAGAUGAAGCAAAAGGGGUUGUUGAACGGGGCACAUUGGUUCGUGAUGUACACAACCUUCUUUGCUGUUGUUUCAUUGAUAUACUUUGCGGCCGAGAAUCCACAAAACAUCACCACUGAAGCUGUUUUGAAGGACGCUAUCCAAGGUAAGGAGGUGUUGGCGUCAUUGGCCAAACGCAGCAUGGCGGCAGAUCGAUGUGCUACCACACUUGAGGGAAUCUUCAAAGCAUUGCCAGCUUGGGCACGCGAAGGUCGUACGAAUCCUGUUCCCUCGCGUAAGCGUCGGCAAAGCUCGACCAUCGCUCCUCCGCCGCAGAGUGCACGAAGCCACCCAGACAUCUCGGUUACUGCUAAGGAGCCGCCACCACCUCAGCCCGGCUCAGUGCAGCGAGCCAGCACAUUCCCAAACCAGGGCUCUAAUGUGUCACUCGCAUCGGCGUAUGAUCAACGCAUGUCCUUCCCUACACCCUCAAUGAGCUCAGGAAGUGGUCCAUACACGCCUACCAGUCCAGACUUCAACCAGCAGUCCCUGGUCAGUGGACCCAUGGAGACCAGCAGCCCUUCCAAUGGUUUGCUCCCCUACAACCUUCCACUGGAUAUGACAAACCCCAAUUUGCCAGAUCUGUCAGCAAUGAUGUUCCCGUCUGCAGAGCCCUUCACAUACCCCAAUCAACCCUUGACGACCUUCGAAAACAACCAAUUUGCCAAGGAUCCAAACAUGUUCAACAAUUUCAACGAGUCAAAGGUUCCGGUCAUGAUGCCAGGACAGAGCAAUGCAACGGAGGCAGACAAUCUCGAGGCUCAAUUCUAUGCUUUGCCUCCAUACAUGAUGCAGCAACAGCAGCAACAGCGACAGCAGCAGCAACAGCAGAGUAGGUGGGAAAUGGGUAUGAUGCAACAGCAGCAACAACAGCAGCAACAGCAACAGCAGCAAGCACAGAUGGCGAACUUGCGCCAAGUGUCUGGUGGGUGGGCUGGACAGCAACAACCGCUUGGACAAGGAGCAGGAUUUCCUAAUAUAAAUUUGAAUGACAUGUUUGGAGGAGAGAACGACAUAUUCGGUGGCGGUAUGCUCAUGGAUCAAGGAUACAGGGGCCCUGGAAUUUGA